AUCACUGCAACCGUGGGGAAUAACUAAUGUAUACUGUAAACUACCCCGUUUAUUAAAAAUCGUAUAUAAAAAUGCUAUUUCAAAUUCCAACAACAUAAUUCAUUUUUAUAGUCUACUUCCUGAUGAAAGUCAUUCCUAAUGAAGUUGACCGAUCGACGUCAUUGGAGUGCAUAGGAGUAGCUUAGAGUUCCCGCAGUUGCUCCCAGGUUAGCUGAUCUUCAAACAGUUGUACACAUGAAAGUCUGCAUGGCAAUGAUUUGUGAGUCAUAUGAGCUGCACAAAUUCUGUUACUGGACGGAGCAUAAGAUUGAAAUAUGGCUGCUGGUGUAGGUAGGACGUGUAAUUGAUCUGAAUGUAAGGAACGUUGCGGCGGCUUGCUAAAUAUGUUGGCUGUGCUUUGUAAAAUUGUUAGUCAGACAUUAUAGACAGAUGUUUUUCUACCUAACUAUUAAUUAUUAUCUUGACUUACCUUUAUGGCACUAGAGUUAAGUCAGUGUUUGGGGGGCGAAGGUAUCGAAGCAACAUUGGUUAGCUAGCGUUAGCUUACGCUAACUACCUGACAGCUAUUUCUAGCCAAGGUUCAUAAAAAUUUGUAUUUGUUGUGUAAUCAGCCAUUGCGUGAAUUUAAACCGUUCGCAUUAACGAAUUUGUGAUAUUAGUGCCAUACAACCGCAAUUAUCUUUUUUUUAUAUACUAGAUGUAGGGUCUACUUCAGUGUAACUACUGAUAUCUUGACUCUGUCGCGGAACGUUUCUUCUAAUGUCGCUUGUGAAUUUUCGAGAACAUGAUUGGUUCACCAGAUGUGGUGGCAUUUACCAAAGAUGACGAUUUUGGAGAUUCAUACACAGAUCCAUGUUUGCUCCCAGCGGAGUUUUCUGUGCCUUUGUUUCCACAUGCUGCAAAUGCGAAUCCAUGGACAAAGACAUCCUAUGCAAAAUUCUCCAAGGAUUUUAUCCUCAUCUCUGAGUUUUCAGAACAGGUCGGUCCACAGCCAUUGCUCACAAUUCCAGAUGAUCCGAGAGUGUGUGGGACGUUUGACCUUAAUUACUUCUCACUGCGCAUCAUGUCUGUGGACUACCAAGCUUCCUUUGUUGGUCAUCCUCCAGGAUGUAGCUACCCAAAGCUCAAUUUUGUGGAGGACUCAAAAGUUGUCCUUGGAGAUUCCAAGGAGGGUGCAUUUGCCUAUGUACAUCACCUAACCCUCUACGAUUUGGAGGCACGUGGAUUUGUACGCCCUUUUUGCAUGGCCUAUAUUUCAGCAGACGAAAGGAAAAUCAUGCAGCAGUUUCAGCAGCUCUCCUCUGGAUUUUCCAAGGCUUCGGAGAGCUUAAAGUCAGGAAAUCGAAAGGCCUUUGCAAAUGAGUUAGAGAAGAAAUUGCAAGACCUGGAAUAUACCAGAACAGUGCUGCACAAGGAGACGGAGCUACAGAAAAUGAACAAUGGUUGUUAUUCCACACAGGUUAUCGAGAAAGCUAAUGAACUGGCAAAUGUGGAAAAAUCAAUCUAUGAACAUAAAGAUCUUUUGAGGCAGAUUAUGUCAUAUCCAAACAAAAAAAUGGAUACAGAUUAUGUGCAAUAUGAGCCAGAAAAGCCAGUUGAGACAAAUAUGGUUGACCAUACAUUCUCUUCUACUCAUUCCAUAAGUAGGGAUAAAUGUGUUGAAACAGAUAAUGCUAGUCAGCAACUCUCUUACACCCCCCAGCUGAUUAAAGCUAAAUCUGCUAAAUGUUUUGAUAAGCGAUUAAAAACCCUUGAAGAGCUCUGUGAUUCAAACUUUUUUCACCAGACUAUGGACCAUCUGAAUUUAAUUGAAAAGACAUUCAGAGGAGAUCUUUGUUUUAUUUACACUAGCCAGAUUGACUGGGCUCUUUUAAGUAAACAGAAAAUUAGCAGUUUUCUCUUUGAAGAGGAAAGACAUGGGGAAGAAGAGGAAAACUCAAGGAAUUUGUAUGACACAGACCACAACCCACACAUUGCCCUGCCAUCCUUGUCAAACUUAUCUGGCGAGCCAAUGAGUCUUGAGUCUUAUGCCACUUGUGUAGAGAUAGGUCACCAUAAGUUGGAGCUCGAAUCUAUGGAAGGACCCCCAGAGUCUAGUACUUCUGACAUCACACAGGAAACCUCAGAAGAAGCUGUUGACACUGAAACAAAAGGAAGUUUCAGCAGUGACAGGAGUAUUGAGGCACUUGGAAAUAUUAGCCCAGCUAAUCCUAAUGGUUUUGUGAGGAGAAGCACUAAUGAGGUAUGCACGGUAACCUUAUCCGAGCAACAAGGAGAAAUUCUCCCUGGAGCUGCACCUGACAAGAUGUCACCUUCCCUAGGAUAUAAAUUGGAUGUUUAUACUGCUGAUAUGUUUGAAACUGAAAAUCUGGUUCAAAUAGAUACAGCCUGCUGUAUAGGACAGGAUGGUUUUAUCUACGAGGAACCUUUGCCUGUACCUGUGCAACAGUGUUGUGAGGACACAGUGGUCAAGCAGGAGCCACUUUCACUACUUCAGGGGGACCCAGCUCUGCAGGUCGACUACAUCUUUGGAGAGUCCGGACUGCCCUUGGGCCCAAGUAUGGGCUUGAUGCUUCCAGAAGAGAGCACCAGUGUGCACUCUGAGGAGAUGGCCAGGAUGAAUAUUGAAGAUGUCUCGGAUUGUACAAGCUAUAUGAGCACCUCCACCAGCUCAGACAGAGCAGGUUCACCAUUCACCUAUGGCAGUCUGAUCACAGUGAAGCAGAAGAAGAAAGCAGGCAACAGUGCGCUCCGGUUCAUCAGGCAGUACCCCUUUGCUCAGCAAGCCAUAUUCUGCGUGCUUAGUGGGCAGACACUCGUGGUUCUUGGAGCUGAGGAGGGGACAGUAAGGAAGCUUGUGAAUGCAUUGUCUAUUUUUGUGCCCAACCUUGGAAAGUAUGGUGAAACAGUCCAGCCCUGGCUUACUACAUCAUUUCAACUCACUGACCUUCAGAGAUGGAAACUCAUUGGACUACAGAGAGUGGCUUCACCAGCAGGUUCCAGCAUGCUCCAUUCCCUGAGCCGCUACAGCCGAUACAUAGGCAUCCUGGACUGUGACAACAAGACACUGCGAUGCCACCCCUACAGAGGAACAGUUUUAGGUCACAUGGCAGACCACAGGACUCAGAUCAAACGAGGCAGCACCUACUAUCUCCAUGUGCAGAGCAUGCUGACUCAGCUUGCGGCUAAGGCAUUCCUUUACACUUUCUGCCAUCAUGUUCACCUGCCCAUAAAUACAGAUGAUCAGGGUUCUGUAGAGUUACGCAGGACUAACUUCUUGUUGCAGCUUGGCUACACAGAGGAAGAGAGUAAAAUCAUUCAGUUCCUGAGUGAGCUCAUCAAGCAGAAUUUCUUUCAGUGGCCUUUAAAAGGGCUCAGCCAAUCUGUCUUCUCGUUCAGUUACACCACCAGCGUUUUGUACAAAAUCUGAAUGUUCUCUUUGGUCUAUUUAGCUGGUUUUGGUAUCCCUACUCUUCACCUUUGCUAAAAUCAGGACACCAAGAAAUCUUGAAUGUAUUUAAAUAUUGUUUGGGGGCGGAGGUGGUGUUUUUUUGUUGUUUUUUUUGUUUAUAUAUAUAUAUAUAUAUAUAUAUAUAUAUAUAUUGCUUUCACAAUCCAGUAAGCAGACAGUAAAUUGCUUGGUGUCACUAAUGUGUAAUGUAAAGCUUUGUAACAUGUAUUACCAAAGUUUUAAAGGUAAGGUCAGUGUUGCUAAAGGUCUCCUUGCUUGUUUCUUACUUUGAAGAUUAAGUCUACUAGUCUUGUCUAAGGUAAAGCUGCAUGACAAUGGAGGGCUGUUGUGUUUAAGUGUAAUUCUCCCUCUUGGUUUUCCACUAGUUAACAUAACAUAAAUUGUACUUUUUAACACUGAUGAUGUUGAUGUAAACUACCACAAACUACCAGUUGGAAAAUGUAUGGUUCAAGUUAAUUGUUCACAAAGCAGAAUCAGCCCACAAGAACAAAUAAAGCACUGCUGAACACGUGGUGGAUCCUAUCCAUGUAACUGCAGGUGGUUGUUGUGUACCCAGUAUUUUGUUUUUCACAAUCUUGAACAUGCUGCCAUAGCCUUUUGAACAUUAGCAUAAAGGAGUUGUACAGAAUUAUGGUAGUUGUGUCAUUUGCUAGCAAAGUCCAAGCUCAAGAUCUGUAAAUAAUCUACCAGUCUUCGUAGUGACCAUUUACCCUGACUUCCUGUUGCUUGCAUUUGGUAUCUAUAAAAAGAAAUCAGUAGAAUAAGGAUUAAUACUGACAAAUAUGCAGACCAAUCAGUAAAGUCCCAAAAUUUUGUCCACUAUGAUGUUCAUUAGUCCUCUGCUAUUAUAUUUUGUAUAGGCAAAAAUGCAACUUAACUGAGCAGGAAUUUUCUAGACUGCUGGGAUUUCAGGGCAAAUGAGAUAAGUAACCACCUGCCCUGUUUUGUUUUGUUUUUUUGUAUUGUAUUGUAAAAGAAUGUGCUGCAUGGGAAAAUGUCAUAGAUGUUACACUGACAUUCUGCAUGCCUGGAGAAUAUAAACUAUAUGAUGGUAUGUUCAUAAGCUAUAUACAUUUGUAUAUCGUGGAUUUUAUUCAGCCUAAUAAUAUGAACUAUUGUCUUAAUGUUGUGUGCAAAUUAUGUCAGCUUGAAUAACUUGUUGGAUGGAGUGCUACUUUAUAAUAUUGGUUGUUAAGAAUCACAAUCAGUGAUGAGCUAAAAAGUAAUGGUGACGAUUGAGGAAAAAAAAAAAAAUCCCCCAUGACUGUUUCCAUCACUGCUGCAGUGGUAGUUGAAGUUCAUGGACACCAUAUUUUAGUUCCCUUUUUUAAUGUAUUACUUUCUAUUUGUAACCUGGCAUAACUUGCCUCAUUGACCCCUGUCCAAAACAUGCUACAUACAUUCUUUUGCAUGUUAUUUAACAAGCCAUAUUGUAAUGUGCAUUGCAUCUUCUAUGAUCGCAGAUGUUUUUUGGAGUAAGUUUUCCCUUACACAAUUAUCCAAAACAAAAUAGAAAGUGUUGCGCAUGUGUACAUUGUAGAUUUUGUGAUUUUGUCCAGGGUGAAGUAAGUGAUCUUUAAGAUGACUUGUGUUUAAGUGAAUUUUCAGGUGAUCCAAGUGCAUUAAGUUGUUGCCCACUGUUUUCUGCCAUUGAGUUUCAUUAAAACAUUCCUCAUUUAAA